AUGUCAGAUCCACUAUCAAACCCAACCAUAAAUACAACGAAUGUAGGAGGUCAAACAACCACACAGAAUACAAUAGGAGGGGUUGGAGGUGGAAAAUCAAACUCAGUGGGCACCCCAUAUACAACACCAUUACAAACAUCAGCAUAUACAACAGCAAAUUCACUAUCAGCUACAAACUCACCAAUACCAAAUCACCAUAUGAUAAAUAGUAAUAGUUCAAAUAACCUUAGUGGUAUGGUAACACCUGGUGGUGCAGGUUUACAACAACAACAAUCUUCAAUAACAUCAUCAACAAAUAAUUUAGGAUUAUUAGGACAACAACAACCACAACAACAACAACAACAAACAUUAUUACAACCAUUUACAACUCAGUCUAGAUUAAUUAGUGCAAGUUGUUUUGAAUUUUUUUAUAUAGAAAUGAUAGAUUGCAUUAUGAAAUCAUCAUCAGAUAAACAACAAGCUCAUAAGAAAUUAGAUAAAUUAGGAUUUAAAGUUGGUCACAGAUUAGUAGAAAGAUUAUCAUUAGAUACAGCAUUAUUCCCUGAAUUAUUAGAUGCGGUUAAAUUCAUUUGUAAAGUUUUUUGGACAACAGUUUUUAAGAAAACUAUUGAUGGUUUAAAAACUAAUCAUAAAGGUGGUGUAUUUGUAUUAACAGAUUCUAAAUUUCAAUGGUUACAACAUUUAUCAUUUGAUUCAUCAGCUAGUAAUAAAGAUUGUUCAGAAUAUGUUCAAUUUACAGCAGGUUUAAUUAAAGGUGCAAUGUCAAAUUUUGGUUUUAAAUGUAUUGUUACUUUUGAUAUUCAACAAGUUAGCACAUGUGUAUUUACAAUUAAAAUAGAAUCAUAA